GAAGUAUGAUCGUGUACCACUGCAGCAAAAUGAAAGUAAAAACCAUCCUCGAUUUGGACUGUCCGAUAUUCAUGAAAGUCAAACCGGAGAAUCAUCAACAGUCAUGAUCUCACUGACAUUUCAAACGGAGUGUGUUCGACGCACACAGGAAAUUGCGCGCAUAAUUAUGGUUUGAGAUUUUCUGGGUUUUGUUUCCAUGUAGCUAUUAGCGGAGCAGGAUACUGCAGCCAUCGUUGUCAUGUGAUUUCUAUAGUAUUUAAUAGUAUAAUUCUUUAUUAAUAAACAUAAUUGAUUGCUAUUGAAUGGUUAUACGAAUUGGUAGAUUCCAAGAUCGAUCCAGUGGCAUGUUCCAGUGACUUCUGGGGAAGAAGAGACGGGCAGGCACAGAUAUUCUCUUGGGUCGUCAAUCCAUGGAGCUGGGCUUGCAAGUACACAGGCCAGUGUGUUGCAGAACGGAUUUCUGCUAUAGUAGCCAUUUGAAUAUCAAACCGGUUUUUGGGUUUUUCCCUCGUGGAAAAACUUCUCUAUCUUCGGAAUCUUCCUCACACUGCAAGGGGCACCCUCCAAGGGUUUCAUACCGAAUCACUGGAAGUGCGGCAGAUUUUUCCAGGAGGAAAAGAAAAGUAUCACACCCAAGGCCUAAAAGUUCUGCUCCAAAGGGGUUUAUGCCAAAGACACAGGUGGGGACAAGCACCCAAAGGGAUGGCCAGAAAAAUGUUGGGGAUAGAAAAGAGGUUUCAAGCAUUCCUAUUACUACUGAUUUGAAUGAUCCAGACGAGAGAACAGUUGAAAUGAAAGCUGUCCCUGAUAAAAAUGAGGUACUUGAAAUAUCUCGAGGAAAGAAGCUUGAGGAAGGAAGUGACGAUGAAACUGGCAGGGAAGUUGAGGAAAUAUCGGCACUGAACAGACCAUUGUCUGUUGCUGAGAAACACCGGCUGGUAGAAAAUGGGAGAAUUGGAAGUGUUGAUGAGGAUAAUACUAAGUUACAGAAAGAAGAAGGAAUUGCCAAGAGUAGUAUUGGGGAUGUGGUAGAUGGAACAUCUUUACAUAGGGAACAUUUGGAUAUUAUCAGAAGUGAUGGCAAUGAAGAAAAUAAAAUCAGCGAGACUGAUGAGGACAUUGCUCAAAAUGAGUUGUCAAGACCAGUGCCCCUUCUGGGGGCUGAUGCUUCAAUCCACAGAGAAAAAGUUGAGGAAGAGUUUUCUCUAAAAUUGAAGGUGGAGAUGGAAGCCAAUAUGCAUAAACAGCUGCUUGAGGGGCUUGCUGAGGAGGCCUUAUAUAGAGGGAACAAAUUGUUUGUUUAUCCACAGGUGGUGAAACCUGAUCAAGAUAUUGAAGUGUUUUUUAAUAGGAGCAUUUCCACUUUAAACACCGAACCAGAUGUUAUUAUAAUGGGGGCCUUUAAUGACUGGAGAUGGAAAUCUUUUACUACAAGGUUGAACAAGAGUCAUCUUAAAGGGGAUUGGUGGUCUUGCCAGAUUCAUGUUCCUAAGGAGGCGUAUAAGAUUGAUUUUGUGUUCUUCAAUGGGAAAAAUGCAUAUGACAACAAUGACAAAAAAGAUUUUUGCAUACCUGUGGAAGGUGGAAUGGAUCUUUUUGCAUUUGAAGAUUUCUUGCUAGAGGAGAAGCUUAAGGAACUUGAGAAAAUUGCUAUGGAGCAAGCUGAAAGAGAAAGACAAGCAGAAGAGCAAAGACGAAUAGAAGCAGAGAAGGCUGCAAGUGAAGCUGAUAAAGCAGAGGCAAGGGUGGAGAUUGGCAGGAGGCGAGAAAUGUUGCAACAGGUGAUGAAAAGAGCUAUGUUGUCUGUUGACAAUGUUUGGUGCAUAGAGCCUAGUGAGUUUAAAGGAGAGGACUCGAUCAGGUUAUAUUAUAACAGGACGUCAGGUCCUCUUGCUCAUGCUAAGGAUCUUUGGAUUCAUGGGGGACAUAAUAGUUGGAAGGAUGGCCUCACAAUUGUUGAUAGGCUUGUGAGAUCUGAGAAAAAGGAUGGCGACUGGUGGUAUGCUGAUGUUGUUGUGCCUGAUCGAGCCCUUGUCUUGGAUUGGGUUUUUGCUGAUGGACCACCUCAGAAUGCAACCCUGUAUGAUAACAAUCAUUUGCAGGAUUUCCACGCUAUUGUCCCCAAAUGCAUCCCUGAAGAACUGUAUUGGGUUGAGGAGGAACACCAGAUUUAUAAGAAACUACAGGAGGAGAGGAGACUACGAGAAGAGGCUACACGUGCCAAGGCUGAAAAAACAGCACGCUUGAAAGCUGAAACAAAGGAGAGAACUUUGAAAACAUUUCUGCUUUCUCAAAAGCAUAUAGUUUACACUGAACCUCUUGAUGUUCAAGCAGGAAGCACUGUGACAGUUCUUUAUAAUCCUGCCAAUACAGUGCUGAAUGGAAAACCAGAAAUUUGGUUUAGAUACUCGUUUAACCGCUGGAACCACCGGAUGGGAGUGUUGCCCCCUCAGAAAAUGUUGCCUGCGGAUAAUGGUUCUCAUGUCAAAGCUACUGUCAAGGUCCCAUUAGAUGCAUAUAUGAUGGACUUUGUAUUCUCUGAGAAAGACAAUGGUGGGAUUUUUGACAACAAAAAUGGGAUGGAUUACCACAUACCUGUGUCUGGAGCUGUUGUCAAGGAGCCACCGAUGCAUAUUGUGCAUAUUGCUGUUGAAAUGGCCCCCAUAGCAAAGGUGGGAGGCCUUGGUGAUGUUGUUACUAGUCUAUCCCGGGCUGUUCAAGAAUUAAAUCAUAAUGUGGAAAUCAUUCUUCCAAAGUAUGACUGUUUAAACUUUAACAAUGUGAAGGAAUUUCAGUUUCGUAAAAGCUAUUCUUGGGGCGGGACUGAGAUAAAAGUUUGGUUUGGGAAGGUGGAAAACCUCUCUGUCUACUUUUUGGAGCCUCAAAAUGGAUUCUUUUCUGCAGGUUGUAUAUAUGGUUGUAGGAAUGAUGGAGAAAGGUUUGGUUUCUUUUGCCAUGCUGCACUUGAAUUUCUACUCCAGAGUGGAUUUCAUCCUGAUAUUAUUCAUUGCCAUGAUUGGAGUAGUGCUCCAGUUGCAUGGCUAUUUAAGGAGCAUUAUAGGCAUUAUGGUCUUAGUAAAUCUCGCCUUGUCUUCACAAUUCAUAACCUUGAAUUUGGAGCACACUUCAUCGGGAAGGCAAUGGCAUACUCAGACAAGGCUACAACUGUAUCACCCACUUAUUCGAAGGAGGUUUCUGGAAAUUCUGCAAUAGCUCCUCACCUUUCCAAGUUCCAUGGUAUAUUGAAUGGCAUCGAUCCUGAUAUAUGGGACCCAUAUAACGAUAAAUUCAUUCCUGUGUCUUAUGCUUCAGACAACGUAAUUGAAGGCAAGAGGGCUGCUAAGGAAGCCUUGCAGCAAAGGCUUGGAUUGAAAAAAACUGAUCUGCCUUUAGUGGGAAUUAUUACUCGCUUAACUCAUCAGAAAGGAAUUCACCUUAUCAAGCAUGCAAUUUGGCGUACCUUGGAUCGCAAUGGACAGGUCGUAUUGCUAGGUUCAGCUCCUGAUCCUCGAAUACAGAGUGAUUUUGUUAAUUUGGCCAAUCAAUUGCAUUCUUCACAUGGUGACCGUGCUCGCAUUUGUUUGACCUAUGAUGAGCCUCUUUCACACUUGAUAUAUGCUGGUGCUGAUUUCAUUCUAGUCCCGUCAAUUUUUGAGCCAUGUGGGCUUACUCAACUUACAGCGAUGAGAUAUGGUUCAAUACCUGUUGUUCGUAAAACUGGAGGGCUUUACGAUUCCGUGUUUGAUGUUGAGCAUGAUAAGGAGAGAGCACAAGCACAAGGUCUUGAGCCAAACGGAUUUAAUUUUGAUGGGGCAGAUCCUGCUGGUGUCGAUUAUGCUCUAAAUAGGGCCAUCUCUGCUUGGUAUGAGAGCCGGGAUUGGUUUAAUUCCUUGUGCAAGCGGGUAAUGGAGCAAGAUUGGUCUUGGAAUCGGCCUGCUCUUGACUACAUGGAGCUUUACCAUUCGGCUUGCAAGUGAAAACAAGAGACUGGUUAGGAAGGGAGAGGGAGAGUAGUAACCGGAUUCCACACAAGAAUUUGUACAGGUCCCAGGGACAUGUCCACAGUUUUGUUGUUUCAGAAAGAUGAAUGGGUGUGGUUUAGACAAUUCAAGAUGGCAUGCAUCUACUGCAAUUGGCGACUCAUUGGCCCAUCCAUUCUUCUUUGUAGAAUAAAAUUAGCCAUGGUGGCAUGGCAAUAAUGCAGUGUCCGUGCGGUAAACAGUAAUUUGUUAAAAUCAUUUUUAAAAAUCAUUUUUGGUUUCUUUUUAUGGUGAAUGUAAAUAUGGGAGGAAGCAAAGCCAAGCAUGGGAUCUGCAGCGGUAUUUUGUUGAUCUUAAUCUGUCUCUCAAUAAAAGGAAAAUGAAGCAAAAUAUUUUGCUUUUUGAAUAGAACAUUUCCGGGAAAAGAUACGAGGAGGAUCAUCACAGUGUACGCAUCCUUAUCACUGCUUUUGUACAAAAAAGACUUUCUUUAAAUUUGAAUCCAUGGCCAAAACAGUUGAUCCCAAGUUGGGAUAAAGGAUUAUGUAGACCUCUUUAGAUGUCUGAUGAUUUAUUGUAUGUCAAAAGUGGUUUGCAUUCUCAACCUUCCUGUAAAAUUGGUGGUUCUGUGGUUAAUGAGAUUUUGAAUGGGUGAGAAA